AUGGUGCCUGCUUACUAUGCAGUUCAUGUUUGCUUGCUCAAGCUGGUUAUGGAUUCGCACCUUUCGGGCAUGUUUAAGUUGAGUGAGCUCGUGCUUUUGAUGAUGUCAUCCGGGCAUUGGUUCGGGGAGUUUGGCUCUGCUUCGGUGGAGGCGACAGGCCGCCUGCCCACAUUGAACAGCGAUCCGAUGGUGCACAACGGCCUUAGGUUCUGCCCGGCCUACAACUCGGAGGCAUCGUGCUGCAGCGCCAAGUUCGAGGCUGUGCAGGGCAUGCAUUACGAUUACUUCAGAAACCACAUCUUCCCGUCCAAGUUGGUCCGUGUGAUCCAGCAUCGGGAAUCUGUUAUGCAGGUUAUGGAGACCAACGAGUACAAGGAGGCGCCAGACCUUGAGAAGGUGUUGGGCUCAGGACUUGAUGGAUUUGAUUGGGGUGGUAGGCUUGUCUUUCUCCUUCAGCUUCUCUUCCCUGUGAUAAAGUUGUUUCAGCUGUACCGACCUAUUUUGGCUUGCUCUGGCUGGUCCUUUGCAAGGCUACAGCCGGAGGCACCUGCAUUGUGGAUGAUUUCCAAGAUGGAGGUGACCCCGGAGCAGGGCACAUUGGUGGAGCUCAGAGGAUCUACGGAGGAGCCGGCGCCUACUACCUUUCCUCUGGUGAAGGCACCGGUGCCUGAGGUGGAGUACCGAUUCCCGGCCUAUCUACCCCGGGUGUGGCAGGUGAUUGACAUUGUAUCACGCAAGGACAAGUACAAGCAGAACGAGGGCUUUUUCACUCGCGAUGCUGGGGGGUCGGACUCGUUCCGGCUCAAGUGUUUCAUCAUGCCCAAGGAGUGCAGCCACCUCACCGUGCGGGUGGAGGUGCAUCCUCCGGAAUACAUGAAGGCGCCAAAGAGCUACUGGAUCGUUGAGGAGGUUGAAUGGGAGAUCUGCAUGUACAAUUUUCCAAAGAUCACCGAGCCGGGCAGAGGCCUGUUUUGGUCUGCCACGGAGCAUUUUCAAACCUCCGACGACCCCCACUAUGUGGACCUCGUACGAACGGCGGACCUCACCAGAGACAAGUGCUGGUUGGAUGAGAAAGGGCAGUUCCACUUGCGCAUUCGCGCUCUGCUGCCUGUGGACGAUGACAAGAUUGUCCAGACGACAAAGGGCCUGGACCUGUCACAGGAGUUGGAAACGGUCACAUUCCACCUCCCAGAAGAGAAGAAGCUCUAUGUGGACAAACGCAUGCUGGUGGCACGCAGCGAGUACUUCCGAAACAUGCUGGGGACCGACACCUACAAAGAGGGCCAGACGAACCAGGUCGACCUCACCACGGAUCCGCAGGUGGACCCCUCGAGCUUGAAUGGCGUCCUGAUCUACGUCAUGACGGGCGGUUUCACGUGCGACGGCGACACUGCAUACGCCUUCCGGGUCCGCAAACUCGCCGACCGCUUUGUCCUGCAGGGUCUUUGUGACCUGGUGGAUGCAGAGCUGGAGACAAUGCUAUGCUACGACAACGUCUUGGACUUUCUUGGGGAG